AUGCCUACGGUCAUCAAUGUGGGUAGCAAAGGCAGUACAGCGAGAAAAGAACCUUCGGCAGUUGUUCAAGAUUAUUCAGUUAUGCAAGAGAAACGUCGACCGUCAGAAGAUACUGCCAGAAUUUCACGGAUAUCUCAACAAUUAGCGCCCGCUAUUCAGAAUCAUUCAGUUAUGCAAGAAAAACGUGGACCGUCAGAAGAUACUGCCAGAAUUUCACGGAUAUCUCGACAAUUAGCGCCCGCUAUUCAGAAUCAUUCAGUUAUGCAAGAAAAACGUGGACCGUCAGAAGAUACUGCCAGAAUUUCACGGAUAUCUCAACAAUUAGCGCCCGCUAUUCAGAAUCAUUCAGUU